AGCCUGACAAAAUGGGGGUGCUUGUGUUCUUCGUGCCUUAUAGCUUGCUUCUGACUGUAGUGCAAGGGCACAGCUUAUUCACGUGCGAACCGAUUACUAUUUCCAGGUGUUCAAGAAUGCCUUACAAUAUGACUUUUUUCCCAAAUAUCAUGGGGCACUACGAUCAGGACACUGCUGCACUCCAGAUGGAGCCUUUUCUUACUCUCAUGAAUCUUCACUGUUCACCAGACGUCCAUACAUUUCUGUGCAAGGCCUUUGUUCCUGCCUGCCUGGAGCAAGUUCAUGUGAUUCACCCUUGUCGUAACCUCUGUGAGAAAGUGUAUUCCGACUGCAAACAACUGAUUGACACUUUUGGAAUCACAUGGCCUGAAGAGCUGGAAUGUAGCAGACUAGUCAACUGUGACGAGUCUGCUCCUGCCACUGCUCCUGUAACCACCAAUGCACAUGGAACUCAGAAGACCCCAGGGCAGACACGAAGGGAUUUUGGAUUCUGGUGUCCACGGCACCUACACACUUCCAAUGGACAAGGCUACAAAUUUCUGGGCAUCGAUCAGUGUGCACCACCGUGUCCCAAUAUGUACUUCAAAAAUUAUGAAUUGGAUGUUGCAAAAAGCUUCAUUGGGAUAGUUUCAAUCUUCUGUCUCUGUGCUACGCUUUUCACAUUCCUUACUUUUCUGAUUGAUGUUAAAAGGUUUAGGUACCCAGAGAGGCCGAUCAUCUAUUACUCCGUCUGUUACAGCAUAGUGUCUCUAAUGUACUUUAUUGGAUUUCUUCUUGGGAAUAGAACUGCCUGUAACAGGGCAGAUGAUAAGCUAGAAAUCGGGGAAACGGUUGUUCUGGGCUCCCAAAACAAAGCCUGCACGGUCCUUUUCAUGGUUUUGUACUUUUUCACGAUGGCAGGAACAAUAUGGUGGGUGAUUCUGACAAUCACUUGGUUCCUUGCAGCAGGAAGAAAAUGGAGUUGUGAAGCUAUUGCACAGAAGGCCAUGUGGUUCCAUGCAGUUGCGUGGGGGAUACCUGGUUUUCUAACCAUUAUGCUUCUUGCAAUGAACAAAGUGGAAGGGGACAAUAUCAGUGGAGUUUGUUUCGUAGGUCUCUAUGAUGUGGAUGCCUCUCUGUACUUUGUGCUUUUGCCGUUAUGCCUUUGUGUUUUCUUUGGUCUCUCUCUUCUGUUAGCUGGUAUUAUCUCUUUAAAUCACGUGCGCCAAGUCAUACAGCAUGAUGGCAGAAACCAAGAGAAGCUAAAGAAAUUCAUGAUCAGAAUUGGAGUUUUUAGUGGUUUAUACUUAGUGCCGCUUGUGGCACUGCUUGGAUGUUAUGUCUAUGAACUGGUGAACCGGAAGAUCUGGGAAACAACUUGGGUGUUUGACCACUGUGACCAGUACCAUAUUCCUUGUCCAUACCAGGCAAAGGCGCUCGCAAGACCAGAAAUAUUUCUGUUUCUGAUGAAAUAUUUGCUGACAUUAAUUGUUGGCAUAUCUCCAGUGUUCUGGGUGGGAAGUAAAAAGACCUGUUCGGAGUGGGCCAAUUUCUUCAACAGAAACCGCAAAAGAGAUCCAAUCAGUGAGAGUCGAAGAGUACUACAAGAAUCAUGCGAAUUUUUCUUGAGGCACAAUUCCAAAGUUAAGCAUAAGAAGAAGCACUACAAAUCAAGUUCACACAGAUUGAAAGUAAUUUCUAAGUCAAUGGGAACUAGCACAGGUGGCACAACGAAUCAUGGGACUUCUGCAGUAGCAAUCACCAAUCACGAUUACCUGAGCCAAGAAACUGUUGCAGAAAUUAAAACUUCUCCAGAGACAUCUGAGAAAGAGAUGGAGGCGGAUGGAACAUCAGCCCAAAAAGCUGAGGAAGGUGAAAACAGUGGAAAUCAAAUGUUAAGUAUUUCUAAACUGACCGUGGAUCAGGCGGAAAAAAGAAACAAAGCAGACAGCAUGUGUGAUAUGAGUAGCUUGUCUGAGAGCCUGAAGAGAAUUGGUGAAGGCAGGGUAACUCCCAGGAAUGAUUUUAUUGAGUCUCCUCCGUUACAGAGCAGCAGUUCCCAAAUAGCAGACGUCUCCCAGUCGGGCUCCAUAUCACUGCUUGUCUACUCAGCUGCAGAUGGCAGGAAGGAGCUGGAUUCAGGAAACAGUUCAAACCAUUGAAAGACUGACAUUUUUAUAUGAACUCUUUCCGUCUAUAAAACUGAUGUGGAUUUUGUUACACUGAAAACAGCAGACGUUCUGUGCCUUACUGAAAAUCAGACACAUCUUGUUUUGCACUUAUAAAGAUGUAAGUUUUGUAUUGGGGACAACUGGCAAUAAUUGUACUGUAUUUAUACCCAUCCAGGAAUACUGGAAAUUGAAGUUCUAUGGGACACAGCUGGAUUGCUUAGUAGUAAUUUAAGGAGAUGAGAGAAAUAUUAUUCCCAAUGCAAAGAACACUAUUAAGUAAAUUGCAUUGAAAUAAUGCAGAAAAAGCACUGUUACUUUUCAAGGUGUAAGAUGUCAAUCUGCAGCUUUGAUAUCUUACAAGUUUUUUACUUUUUCCUUUUUUACUACCUGUUAAACAGCAUUAUCACUUUAAGGGAUGCAAAAAGUUACUCUCUAAAUGGUGUCACGAUGUGUCGUUUAUAGCACUGCUUUAUGGUAGUUUUUACACUGAAUCUGAAAUCAAAAUGGUUUAUUUUGUACAUAGAAAUGAAUUAUGUAAAUAACUGACUGCAUAAGGCCUAUAUUUAGAGCUGCUGUUUUGUAUGUACUGUACAAAUGUGGUCAAGUUCCCGUGCUUCUGUCAGAUGCUACUGAAGUCAGCAGUUCUGUGGUGAUUGGGCAAUGUUAUUCAGUUGUGAGCAAAAUGGGUGCAAAACUCCACCAUACCCUGCACGUUUGGGCAGGGCUGGGCAGACAGCACUGCGUCCCUCUGGAGGGACAGGGCCUGAGGUGCAGCGCUGCUUCAGGAAAGUGCUGCUUUCAGCAUCUCCUGCUGUGCUGUCCUGGGGCAUCGUGCCAAACGGGAGUGCUUCAGAUCCUGGGCAACACAGCGGCGGAAUCUGAACGACUCGUUUGUUGGCUGUUGGUGGUGGUUGGUGUUGUUUUUCACAGAGCUGCAGUGACAGUGUACUUCCUUUCUGUUUCUAUGCAAGUCACUUGAUAUCUAUAUAUGUUAAUUCUGUAGGGAGGUACCCUGCAGAAAAUAAAGUUAUGUUAAUAUGCAGGUUUGUUUAACAGUACAUUUAUUUAAAAUAAGACCUUAAUGCUGUUUCUACAGAGUCUUAAUUUUCUACACGCUGCAACAGUAUAAUUUCUGUAACUCAGAAAGGCCUUAGAACCUCUCAUGCUUCUCUUAGGGUAGAGCGGCACAAGAGCAGGUCCUGCUGAUGUGGGUGAUUUGGGUUCUUCAGCUCUUAAGGAUCCUGGCUCCGGUGAACCAGAAGCUGAGUGCAUUUUGUGAGAAUGUUCAGCAUCUUCUGUUUGAUUGCCAACAGGAAAAUUGCUUUUAGUUGAUGUUCUGGUUUUGCUACUGUGCCGAGCAGUGGUUGCAGUUUGUGCAGCGCUCGAGGUGAUGCUUUGGACCAUGGAGCAAAAUAGCAUGGCACAAAAGUCACACAAACACUGAAUGAUAAACCAAAGUUACUUGUUUUAUUGACGAUGCAUUACAAAUAGAAUGUAUUUACUUUUAUCUGUCGUGUGCAUUUUAGCAUUUGUAAUUUAUUGCCUAAAACAAGAUGUGCUAUUUCUUUUGUAAUUUCCCUGCUAACAAUAUCUAAUAUUCUUACUGCUGAGGACAGUGGGAAGAGCCUGAACAGUCUGUGGAAAUGCACACCAAGUACUCUUCUAUCCGUUCUGUUUGUAAAUGGGUAACUUCCUACAUGUGUUCAGUGCUUUGGUUAUUACUGUCUUUGUUAGUA